UGCAACAUAUCUGGAUCGGGCAAUUCGGAUAGGAUCUACGGUUCUCGAAACGCCCGUUCAACCGCGAACUUUUUCCUUCGCCGAACUAUUACCCCGCUCUGUACUCGAUGCCACUCAUUUGUUUUCCCUCCCAUUUUCGUUUUCAUUUAAUCAUUUUACGUUUACAUUUUGUUUUUUAGGGUUUGCCUUCCAUUUUUGAGUUGUAAAAUUAAAGCAGUGUGAUGCCUUAAAGCCAUUGCAAGCCCUAAUGGCUUCCUCCUUUUUGCGGAAGAAAUUUCCCUCAGACACUACAAGACUCUUAUUGGGGAGCUUGGAGCGAAGUCUUCAUCACUUACAAAAUGCUCGCUAUGGUUGUGGCUACUUCAGUAGCUUUUGCAAUUCACCACUGUUUGACAUCACCGACUUAACACGUCCUCACACAUGGUAUGCACGUGCUCGGAUGAAAAAACGGAAUGUUAUUUUGCACGUUGGCCCUACAAACAGUGGUAAAACAUAUCAAGCACUGAAGCGGUUGGUAAAGAGCUCCUCAGGCAUAUAUUGUGGACCUUUAAGACUCCUUGCUUGGGAAGUGGCCAAAACGUUAAACAAAGCAGGAGUUCCUUGUAGCCUGGUGACUGGACAAGAGAGAGAGGAGAUUGAUGGUGCUAAACACAAAGCUGUGACUGUUGAGAUGGCUGAUGUAAAUUAUGAUUACCGAUGCGCAAUAAUUGAUGAAAUUCAGAUGCUUGGAUGUUCAACGAGGGGUUUCUCGUUCACACGUGCAUUAUUAGGGAUUUCUGCUGACGAACUGCAUUUGUGUGGGGAUCCUGCUGCUGUUCCACUUAUUCAGGAAAUCCUUGCAGUUACUGGUGAUAAAAUCGAGGUUCAACGUUAUGAACGAUUAUCACCACUUAUUCCUUCAAAGGCUCCACUUUGGUCCUUUUCUGACAUACAAAGAGGUGACUGUAUUGUUACAUUUUCACGCCGUUGUAUAUACAAACUAAAGAAAAAGAUUGAAACAUCUGGAAAGCAUAUGUGCUCGGUAGUGUACGGUUCCCUACCUCCAGAAACUCGAACCCGGCAGGCAACAAUGUUCAAUGAUGAAAGCAGUGAGUUUCAUGUUCUUGUCGCAAGUGAUGCUAUUGGAAUGGGUCUUAAUUUGAACAUUCGUAGAGUUAUAUUCUCAACAAUGGAGAAAUUCGAUGGUGUCCAAAUCCGGGAACUCACCGUGCCAGAAGUUAAACAGAUUGCAGGGAGGGCUGGAAGGUAUGGUUCUAAAUUUCCUUCUGGGGAGGUUACUUGUAUAAAUAAAGAUGAUCUGCCUUUACUUCAUUCCUCACUCCAAUCUCCCUCACCUAUCUUAGAGCGGGCUGGAUUGUUUCCAUCAUUUGAUCUUUUGCUAUUAUACUCUCGUUUACAUCCAACCAUUGGAUUCCACUCCAUGUUGGAACAAUUCCUUGGGAAGGCAAAAUUAUCUCCAAACUACUUCAUUACAAAUUAUGAGGAUAUUUUGAAGGUUGCAAUGGUGGUUGAUGAAAUGCCUCUAGGUUUGCAAGACAAAUACCUUUUUUGCAUCAGCCCAGUUGACAUGAAUGAUGAUUUAUCAGCACAGGGUCUUACACAGUUUGCAGAAGGCUAUGCCAAGAAAGGCAUUGUUCGACUCAAAGAGAUUUUCACUCCUGGAACCCUCCUGGUACCAAGAACACAAAAUGAGCUCAAGGAUCUGGAAUCCAUACACAAGGUACUGGAGCUGUACGUGUGGCUGAGUUUUCGUUUGGAGGAUAGCUUUCCAGAUAGGGAGUUGGCAGUUUCUCAGAAGGCAAUGUGCAGCUUAUUGAUAGAAGAAUUUUUGGAGAGACUGGGAUACCAGAGACCUAGAUCGAGAAAGCUCCAAAGGAAGUCUGCUCUUCCUCAAAUUGAUUCACCGUAAUUCUAAUGUAAAUUUUGUCCUCUCGGAGCAAUCAGUUCCGUGUAGCCUAUACCUGGUUCUAAUUUAACUGCAAUAAUAAACUAUCUUUUUUCCAUUGGCUGAGUGCUUGGACUUUGCUUUAGACUUCCAAAUGUACAAAGUUCAUCGUCUGAAAUGGGAUGAGCGGUCAUUGUAAAAUACAUAUGGAUAUGUCGAAUUUCAUAUAUGGACUAUUGGGAAAUUUAAUUUUUAUGGAAAAAUAUGGUAAACUCAGACUCCA